AUGGAGUUUGGGGAUGAUGACGAUACAAGGGAUAGUCCAGGAGUCAGUCCAAGUCCAGAGAACAGUCCUGAAAGUAUGAGCCUUGCUGAGAGACUGUCCAAGAAAGUGAAGACAGAACCAGGUGCUAAAGAAGCUAAAGAAACCAAAGGGAAGAAGCAGUUGACUCUUCCAUUCAAACCUAUGAAAAAAGAACCUCAGAAACAAAUGGACUCUGAUAGUGAGUUUGAACUAGAAGAAGUGAUACCGCGUGUCGUUCAGCCACGCCGGGCUGCUGCUCAAGUAAAAUAUGUAUUGGAUUCUGAUGAGGAAGAGGAUGCUGGCGGCUCUAACAAGGACAGUGAUGUUGAUAGUGAUGUGUUUGACCCAAGUGGGGAGUCCGACGAUGAAGAAUCCUUUGUAGUUUCUAAGCCAGCACGCAAGUCAAAAGCUUCCUCCAAG